AUGGCGGCCGCGGGCCCCAGCGUCUUCCUGCUCAUGGUCAGCGGGCAGGUGGAGAGCGCCCAGUUUCCUGAGUACGAUGACCUCUACUGCAAGUACUGCUUUGUGUACGGCCACGACUGGGCCCCCACCGCGGGCCUGGAGGAGGGCAUCUCCCAGAUCACGUCCAGGAGCCGCGACGUGCCGCACGCACUGGUGUGGAACUUCCCCAUCGACAUCACCUUCAAAAGCACCAACCCCUUCGGCUGGCCGCAGAUCGUGCUCAGCGUGUACGGACCGGACGUGUUCGGGAACGACGUGGUCCGCGGCUACGGGGCGGUGCACGUGCCUUUCUCGCCCGGCAGACACAAGAGGACCAUCCCCAUGUUCGUCCCGGAGUCCACAUCGAAGCUGCAGAAGUUCACAAGCUGGUUCAUGGGACGGCGGCCUGAGUACACGGACCCCAAGGUGGUGGCCCAGGGUGAAGGCCGGGAAGUGACCCGCGUCCGCUCCCAGGGCUUUGUCACUCUGCUCUUCAACGUGGUGACCAAGGACACGAGGAAGCUGGGCUACGACACGGGGCCUUCGGACACGCAGGGCGUCUUGGGGCCCAGCCUGCCCCAGGGCCUCCCCCCGUGA